UUGCUGGAAACGACCACGAAACUGAACAUUUGUUAGUCAUACCUAUAUCUGGAAGAAACACGUAUCUAAUUUGAAAAAAAACAACAUUAAGUAUCUAUUGAUUUCUUACAUACCAUCAUUUUUAUUACACAUUCUAAUCUGUAAAGUUUUGAAUCUAUAUUAGUAGAUUGAAAAUCAACCGGAGUACACGACCGCUUGCUCGGAUAUCCGGAAUUGAACAACUAAAGUGCUAAAGACAAAUUUUGUCAUAUUCCUCGAAAAACAUGUCAUCAGAAAUAUCAAAAGAACAGAAUAAUGAUCAUUUGACAGAACAGAUGCUACGAGAACCAUAUAAGUAUAUAUGUCAGAUUCCAGGAAAACAAGUUCGUACUAAACUAGCAGCUGCAUUUAACUGUUGGUUGAAUAUACCACAAGACAAACUGCAGAUAGUUGGAGAAGUUACACAGAUGUUACAUAAUGCUAGUUUAUUGAUAGAUGACAUUGAAGAUAAUUCCAAACUGAGGAGGGGUAUACCAGUGGCACAUUCCAUAUAUGGAGUAGCACAUACAAUAAACUCUGCAAACUACAUCUAUUUCUUGGGUCUACAGAAAGUUUUAAUGUUAGAACAUCCUGAAGCAACCAAAGUAUUUACAGAGCAGUUAUUAGAGCUACAUAGAGGACAGGGUAUGGAUAUAUAUUGGAGGGAUUCUGUAGUAUGUCCUACUGAGGAGGAGUAUAACACUAUGGUUAUAAGAAAAACUGGUGGUUUAUUUGGACUAGCUGUAAGAUUAAUGCAGUUAUUUAGUGAAUGCAAAAGUGAUUUCAAGCCUUUAUUAGACUGUAUGGGUUUAUAUUUCCAAAUUAGAGAUGAUUAUGCUAAUUUAGUAUCCAAAGAAUAUGAAGCAAAUAAAAGUUACUGUGAAGAUUUAACAGAAGGAAAGUUUUCUUUCCCUAUUAUUCAUGCCAUCAGAAGCAGUCCCCAUGACAAUCAAGUACUUAGUAUUAUUCGUCAGAGAACUACAGACAAUGAUGUGAAAAAAUACUGUGUGGAAUGUUUAGAAAAAAUUGGAUCUUUUGAAUAUACGAAACAGACAUUAAUUAAACUUGAAGAAAGAUCUUUAGAGUUGAUAGAGCAGCAUGGAGGAAACCCUAUUCUGACAAGUUUAUUUAAUGAACUCAAGAAAAUCUAUCGAAAUGGUAAUUGAUGAUUGUGACUCUCAGGCAUUUAUUUAUGGCAUAUUUAUGAACAGUGGACCAUUCAUUAUUCGUCUUAUUUCAUGUGCAAUAAAUUUUUUAAUAAAGUA